AUGGCAAAUUUUCCACCAAAGAGGCCGGAUAUUCAUACUCCAGAGAAAGCGUCAGUGAAAGCAGAGAAUCACAAGAGUAGCAUCGAGAAACCUCACAAACUCGGACGAAGUCUACGAUAUACACUAUUCCAUGGCGUGGAUGGAAAGAUCUACCUGAGACAAGGAGAUCGACUCCUCGCAGACUAUCCUUCUCCUGAAAAAGUGCAGCGAUCAAGUUUUCUGGAUCUAAAUGCAUAA